AUGUCCAGCUCUUCUGGCUCUCUCUUUGGUGAUGCCUGCCCGCUCACCAUCACCCCCGCCCAACUCCAGACACUCAACCCCGACUCAGUUGCGAUUCUUGAUGCAAGCUGGCAUAUGCCUAAUGCACCUCGCAACCCCCACUCUGAAUGGCUGAGCUUGCGCAUUCCCGGCUCUCAUUUUCUUGACCUGGACGCAGUUGCUAGUGCUCAUGAACUUGGAUUGAAACACAUGAUGCCAUCCCCACAAGUCUUCGCCGAAGCUUGUGAGACGUUUGGGAUCACUCCCAGAUCCCACGUAGUGAUCUAUGACACACACGGCAUAUUUUCCUCUCCUCGAGCCCUCUUCAUGUUCCGUGCGUUUGGCCACUACCGCUCCUCGAUCCUCGAUGGGGGCCUUCCUGCAUGGGUUGCCCAUGGAUGCCCCACUCGUUGCGGCGAACCGGGAUCUACAACACGUUCGAACUACUGGACUCCUCAGUUGGACACGGAUGUAGUAACAGGUUACAACGAAAUAUCCUCCAAUGCUAGAUAUGAUCCUGCGCGCGAACCCAUCGCCGACAUCGUUCUUGAUGCACGCUCUCGUGAACGCUACCUUGGCACCGGUGCAGAGCCGCGGCCAGGCCUCUCUUCAGGCCACAUUCCGUACUCCUUCUCACUUCCGUUCACCAUGCUACUCGACACGCAACGUAUGCCCACUCCUCUGCCUGUCACAUCUCUGCCAGUUCUCGAUUCUGAUCCUGAUGCCAAACCAUCGUCAUCGCCCGCCAGACCGCCGUUUCCCGCUUGGCUUCCGGAGACGUAUACAACCCUAAAGUCAACGACACGUCUCAUUUCUGCUAUCCAGGACGCCUUGAGCACGAGCGGCGCGAGCGAUGUCCUAAUUAAAGAUGUCUUGGAGAGCCACAGGAACGUUAUCGCGAGCUGCGGAAGCGGAAUGACUGCGGGCGUGGUGUGGCUUGCUCUAAGGAUGCUUGGGGUCGGCGACAGAAAGAAGCGGGUGGGGAUAUACGACGAAUCGUGGACAGGAUAUGCAAUGCGUCCGGAGAGUAAAAUAGUGAAGGAAGAUAACGUAAAAGUGUGA